AGUUACCGCAGAGCACUUGUGAUGUCACUUCUAACUCAGACAUUAUUUGACUAGACUGUACAUGAAAUAUACCACAGACGUAUGUUCUGCAAUUAUUGCGCAAAAGAAAAAUAGUGUGAUGUUUAACCUUUGUGUACAUGUGGAGCGUGACUGUGACUGGUUUGAGAAGAUCCCAGCCCGGUGGGCGGAGGGGCAACUGAUAGGCCACGCCCCAUUGUGGGCGUAGUUUCUGCAGCUGCUUCUCUCCGUAUUCGCUUCAGUAAAUAGACUUUAGAACAACUUGCUCUCUCUGCGGUGCGGUCGCAGGGGAGUGAGCCUCGGCGAGGAAGUACACUUAAAAACCAACCGAGACAAAAGAGACACUCCAAAAACAAUCCUGUGGACGUUUCUCAAACAGGAUCUUCCUAUGUGACAGCUGCUCCAAAGGAAAUAAAUUCGUCGAGAUUUUAAAGGCAUUGAUUGUCUGAAACUGGAAUAGUUUUUUUAUUAUAUUAUUAUUUACAACAAAGCUUUUUUUUUAGUGUUUUUCUGUUGGAUACUUCUAUUUCCCCUUCUUUGUUUUUUAUCGCUAUUAUGAUGCGUUAAAGCCUCAUUGGAUAUGUCGGACACGUCCAGAGAGCAAACGCUGGCUAAUGGCCCGGCCUCUAUAGAGGAGACGCGGGGAAGCGGAGAGAACACCGGCGGCAGAGCGGUCUUGCGCCCCGAGCAGUUUGCCUUCCCUCAGCCGAGCGAUGGGGACCCGUUAAGGGGAGGGAUUUCCACGUCGAGUAGUCCUCAUGGUUACCAGUCGAGCUCACCGCAGUCCCGAACCUUCUCCAGGUCCUCUAGUGGCUAUUUUUCCGUCGACAGCGAUUCUGUGCCAAGUUCCCCUCUAAUGCCCAAUAUUUCCGAAGCGCAAGACGGCCAAAAUGAUGAAGUAUGGUUUGCCAACCCUAGCCACCAGCAAGCGCAGAUGGCAGCACCUGUUGGAGCCAUGCGACCGGAGGAAGUGUUUGUCGCUCGGGAGCUGCGGCGCAUUGGAGAUGAGUUCAACCGCCUGUACUUUCAGGGAGUGAGUACCAGUCAGGUUGGUGCAGGCGGGAACAACGCAGGCCAGCUACGUGCUCCGAAUGAACAUGCCAUCAUAGUGUGGAUGAAUGAUAUUUUCGGACGCAUAGUACAGAUAUUCCUGCGACGAAGAUGAUUUACAGAAUCAAUGCCCAGCAGACAUGUAGCAGCAAGUCUUCUGACUGUAUAUAUGUAAAUAAUAAGGGAUAACAGCAGUGCUGCUCUUCCGCAACCUCUCCAGGAUUCGGCGUCCAGCGGUUUUGGACCUGUUGGGAUGUGUGCACACCUGGACGUAUAUCGAACGGGAACCCUCGGCCAUCCAUAGACUGUUUCCUGCGUUCACAUGGAAAGCUGAGCCAUUGGAUGCUGUGUUGACAUGACUCUGUUCGGAGGUUUCAUGGAACCUAAUGUGGAGUGUGGAAAACGUGCCUUCAUUGCCUGUUUGCCCUUCUCACAUCUUUUGUUCGUUUGUCUUUGUCGUUAUCAUAUCUUUUUCUUCCCUCGCCUCUUAUAUUUAUUUUUCACUGUAUUUAAUUUGUAAGUUUUGUGUAUAUUUCAUGAACGUGGACGUUAGUCGGUCAAGCGGUGAUGUUAUUGGUUCUGCGUGCUCACUGGCUCCAAGUUUGCACUUGCGUUUAUUUUGCGUAGUCUAUACAAAUGAGAUGGAAUAGAAUAAAAUAAUUCCCUUAUAUAGAUCACAUAUAAACAGUUUUCCAAAAUGAAAUUACAUCUGAUAAAUCUAUGAUUGAAAACAUGACAGAAAGUGUACACACAACGCAUCAUUUAGAAAUUUGACCUAUCUGUAUUGUCAAAACCCAUUUGCGUGAUGAUUUAUUUGUUGCCAGUCUUUGGCUUCCGAGCUGGGAAAAAACAUCAUCCCUGGCGCAGUGUAUCACCUAACUUCAAAGCCAAGUCAUCAAAGGUCUUUUCACAUGAUUUAGCGUUAACAUUUCCCAAUGCAAGGAAUUCUAUGCAGCGAAGUGUCAAUUAUAAAACUUUAUUAAUAUUAAUUAUAUGACGUAAUGUUUGCACUGUUGUCCAAACUUGACGUUUACUGCUUACACCUCGCCAGUUGUGGCAUGUAGUUCAUGUCGUUAGCUUUGAGGAUAUCAGCAAGCCCACGUACUAUAUAUACUGUAUAUAUAUAGAGAGAGAGAGAGAGAAAUGACGUAAUACUGUUUCAGUGGGAAAAUACGAAGCAACAGGAAAGACAAUUACUCUUGCGUAAAAAAAAAAAAGAAAGUGUAUUAAAGCCUUUUGUGAGUCAUGUGAAAGGACCUUAAAGGGAUUGAUAACCUAAAAAUAAAAAGAUAAAGGAGAUGUUGAGCAAAAAGAUGGCCUCGGUCACUAUUCACUUUUAUUGUAUAAAAAAGGAUGCAUUGAAAGUGACUGGUGAUUGACGCUAACAUUCUGCCUAGCAUCUCCUUUUGUGUUCAACAGAAGAAAAAAUGAAUUUGAGUUUGAAACAACAUGAGCGGGAGUAAACAAUGACAGAAUUUUCAUUUUUGGGUGAACUAUCGCUUUAAUAAUGGAAAGUGAGAACGAAGUUAAAUUUGGAGUGUAUCAUUUAUAAUUCUAUUUAGAUUUUGUGAAUCUAGAUUUAGGUCAAUACCAGGUUUCAAGAGGGUUUUGAGUGGAUUUUAUCAUUUGGUUGGUUGCUGUUGCGGAUAGCUUUCAUCCAAAGGGACUCCAUCAGAGUCAAAGGGAUUGUCCACAUGGAGUAACCAGAGUUAAAGUGCCUUCCGGAAGGGCACAGUGGUGGUAGAUCACAAUUUUAUUCCAAGAAACUCUACGAUUUCUGGUUACACCAAACUUGGGAAUGAUUUUGCAACCCUUGUAGUUAGUUUACCACCAGCACACAUUACAACCACUGUUCAAUACCAGCCUUAUCCCUUAAAACUGGCCUGACGAAACUUACCUUUAACAAGCCUCAGGGACUAAGGGAGAUAUACCUGUGGAGAUUUCUUGAAAAACCUGUCUUCCAUCUUUACUUCGGCUUUUCGUUUUCAUGGUUUUUCUUUUUUAUUACCGUUGUCCCAGUAUUGUAUUUAUCAAUGCACAAGGCUCAGGACGAGUCGUUAAGUAUGAUGGUAAUAAUAAUGUGUUUAUAAGUAGCAAAGCCAAACGCAAACUACAAGACUAAAGUACAUUGCCCUUCGAUGUUUUUAGCUUGUGACAGUCCACCUAAAAGGGAAUGUUCCAACAACUUAGGCUAACAUUAUUUAAAGGUUUGUAACAAAUGUUGUAAAUAAAACGUUAAUGGAACAUCCUUAUGAAGUUGUAACCUUAAAUAACGUUCUACUAACGUUAAGAAAACUGGACAUUUUCAUGUUCCCACAACGACAAUGUAACGUUUGGAAAAUGUUUUAAGAACUUAAAUAUGCUAGCUGGGAAGAAGCCUUAGAUCACAACAAGUGUCCAUUGUGUCGUUCUUUUAGUGCACCCGUGACUCUCUACAAUUAGCAAACAAUUUGACAAAAUUCACACUGGUUAGAGAUCUAGUGAUCGAAUCUUCAGAUGUGCACACUUUCAUGGUUAGAAGUGCAAAAACAGGAUAAGGCAUUGGGGAAAAAAUGUAAUUAAACAUCGAACUGCUUACGUCUUCCCAACCACAAAAAUGGUUGCAAGGCCUUCCUACAUGUUGUUUGUUGACACAUCGAGAAAUAAGUAGUGAAUUUUCACAACCAAAGCUACAGUUGGAAAAAAGAAUGAUCUUGUAAUUGGCGCACCUUGUUUGCGAUUAUUUGUGUAAAAUCUUGUAGUGUGCGUUUGGCUUAAGUAGAGAUUGAGGUGUUGACCACCUACCUUGAAAGGUAUUACUGACAAUUUUAAGAUUAAAUAAAUAGAUAAUACGUUAUGUGUCGGUUAGACAUUCCACAUAGUGGAAGACAAAUGGCUCUGUGUUAUAAUAUGCAUUUUUAUUUGUAUUUCAGUUCAGUUUUUUCACUUUGCCAAAAUGACAAUGUCGUUAUCUUAUCUUACCAUUCCAAGUUUACCACUCAAACCAAAGACCUCGUUUUUCAAAUACUGUCGGUAACGUACAGUUUUGUAACGUCUCUGCUGUGUCACGUUUUCAUUAUCUGCCCUUGCUUAAGUAUUCUAGCAGUUUUUCCAUUCUCUAGUCCUGUGAUUCUGGAACAAACCUUUUCUGAGAAACCUGUGAAUUUCAGGCCAACCUGUGUAAGUCAGACUUGACCUCGACUGAGUCUAUUCAAUCCUGUUGCAUGGAGCACCCGCAUCACCCGAUCUGACGCCAUCCGGGACCCAGUAAAAUUGUAGCACAAAAUGACUUUUUUUUCUUUUUUGUUUUGAUAAAUGUCUUUUUGUAUUUUGCACUGAAUCAAUUCUGUGCUAAUUUGUGCAAUACUGCUGUAAAUAAAAGCUUUUUUCCAACUUUCUAAA